AUGUUUCUUCAUAAUAUUAUCAUUAAAACAAUUCCUAAGGCGGAUAGUUAUAUUGAAAAUAGUUUCAAACUUGUUAAGGAACUUGAUGGUAGGCGGCUUAGUAAUGAAUUCCAGUUAAUGUCAUUGGAUGUCGUUAGCUUCUUCACUAACGUUCCUAUCGACUAUGAGAUGGACUGUAUCAACCAUUGGAGCUUUAUCUCUAGAGAUUGCUGUUUAUUGGAAGAGGAAUUCAUUAAAGCGUUUCAUUUUGUUUUGGAUUCUACUCUCUUUGUUUUUGAUAGUGUUACUUAUAAGCAGAAUUAUGAUACGCCUAUGGGCUUCCCGUUGUCUCCCGUCAUCGCGGAUUUAGUUAUGCAAAGGUUGGAGAGUAGAGCUUUGUCUUCGAUUAGGUUUCCGUUACCCUUUUAUUAUAGAUAUGUUGAUGACAUAAUCAUGGCUCCUGAUUAUUCGGUUAGUUCCAUUCUUGAGAUUUUUAAUUCUCAGCAUCCACGGCUUCAGUUUACUAUGGAAGUGGGGAGUGAUAGAUUAAAUUUUUUAGAUGUUGUAAUGAUUAGGGAUAAUGAGACGAUAGAGUUCGAUUGGUACCACAAGCCGACUUUUUCAGGUAGAUAUUUUGGUUCAGGAGAACUUUUGGUCACAACACCCGGUUUCGUAAAAAAUAGGGUACAGAAGGAUCCGGUACCGCGUAGUAAUAAGUCGAAUGCAGUUUACAAGCUUUCUUGUAAGGACUGUGACGCGAGUUACGUGGGACAGACGUAUAGACAGCUAAAAACAAAAGUCACGGAACACAAGAACCAUAUCUGA